AUGGUUGGAACACGCAACCAGUGCGCCAUCAUAUUGGAGCCCGGACAAACAAGCCACGGCGGUAUGCACUCGUGUGCCAAGAAGUUGUGGGAUGGGAGGGUAGCCCCUCAUGGAUGCGCCGCGAGAUGCGUGGCCUGUGAGUAUUACUGCGCCAAACCGUUCGGACACCACGGACUGCACUCUGCUGCACACGGCAACAUGCGCAAGAUGCGCUUUGUUGCUAAGCAGAGCACCAUCAGCUGGGACAGCCGCAAGUACGCCGCAGGCGAGAAGGGUAGCGCCGAAAUGUGCAAUUUGUACUGCUCUACAGCCGGACGAGGACACGUCCACUACCUCAAGUGCUACCAGAGUGCUGAUGCGUGUGUCUACUCGGCUUUGGGGGAUCACCGACGCCACUGCGAAACUGCGUUGAUUCCAGCCCCAGACCACGAGGUUGAUGAAGUGUUGCAUGCUGAGUACUGGAGAACGAUCGGGUGGGAAGACCCUUGUUCGUCCCCUGCAGAGCGCGCGCUGUUCACUAAGUGUCCGUACUUAUGCAAUGCACCGGACCACAAAGGGCGUGAGAAAGAACCUUCCGGCUGUGAUCUCCCUGUCUGGCAUCUACCUGCUGCAUCCGUUCCCUUCCUGGAGCGAGAUGGUGUCACGUACAUCAACGGCCAUCGUUUUACGUGCUCGCAUGCCGCCUCCGCUGGUAUAUUGCACCACGUUUUCGUCUUGGACUGCUCGGGGUCGAUGAAAGGCGGUCCGUGGCAAGCGUUGGUGAGAGGAGUCCGGGACUAUUUGCGAGGUCGCAUGUCGUGCGGCUGUCGUCAAGAUAUCGUCUCGGUAAUUACCUUUGGGGAUAAGGGCACUCUCGAGUAUGAAAAAGUC